AUGGGGACAUAUGCCAAUGCCAAAGCUGGGGGCUACCAAUGGGGGACAUGUACCAAUGCCAUACCUGGGGGCUACCAAGAGGGACAUAAGUGGAAGCGUUGUUACGUCCUCCUGUACCCGGACUCGCCCUUCGGAGUGGCGCGGUUGGAGAUCUACGAUUGGAAGGACGGCACGAUGGCGGGCGAGAAAUUUCACACCCGGAAAGCGGCGGAUCGGAAAGUCAUACGAUUGGCGGAAUGCAUCCGCGUGGCUCCAGCGCCAGCCGAGAGCGGCUAUAAGGACAACAUGGCCGCCUUCAUCAUAGAGACCAGCGAGAAGACCAUGCUGAUGUCCGCGGAGCCCGCCACGUGCGAGGAGUGGGUGCAGAGGCUGAGCGAGGCCGCCUUCCCGGGAAAUGUGAACGGUACAAAGGCGGGAAAGGAGAGUCCAGACAACGUGGCGCUGGAGAUGGCGGUGAACAGUAUCUACAUCUCCCGAGAGCAAGUCUCAGAGUUCUGGGUGACGGCGCAGAGGACGGAAGCCGCUGAGCGUUGUGGUCUGAGGGGCGCUUAUAUUCUCAGAACGGAAAGUGACUGUCUUAUACUGAAGUCUCCGGAGACGAAGGAAAACCUCUUUUCCUGGCCGUAUAAACUGCUCCGCCGAUACGGAAGGGACAAGGUUAUGUUCUCCUUUGAAGCUGGCAGGCGAUGUGCCUCUGGUGCUGGAAAUUUUACAUUUGAGACCUCCCAAGGACAUGAGAUCUUCCAGAAGGUGGAGUCUUCCAUUCGCGCUCAGCAAGGUUCAGAGAACCGACUAAGUGGCCCCACUUUGGAGACAGAGACCCCCACAGACAACAUGUAUCAUUGCACUGACCCCGGGCAGCCUGACAUCCUGGGCCUACCCCCUAGGAACGAGGCGGAGGAAAAGGUGACGAGAGGAAGAGUUCUUCCCCAUCUUCCACCAGUUAAGGUGGCGCAACCUCAACACCUACUGGAGCCCUCGAUGGCCGGGAAGAGCAGCACUCCUCCUCGCUCUCCAGUCUCCCAUCAUUCAGCCGACAGCGAGCAUUUAGCCGUCUACUCAGAGCCUAAAGAUUCUGUCAAGGGGGUAAAAACUCAUUUCGAUCCUCUGUAUUCAGAUCCUGUGGACAGCGUAUGCAACAAAGAUGUCCGAUCAAAUAAGGAGAAGGUUGCCUCCCCAGUAUAUUCCGACCUGUACGAGCAGGUGGGAUACGAGCUAGUGGGGGGAGGGGUUUCCUCAACAUCACUGGGCAUCUCAACUGUUCCUCCUGGAAGGGAGGAGCAUAUCUAUGACGAGCCGGAGGGGAUCGUACGGACCACUGACCCUCCCCAGCUCUACUCCGAAGUACGAAUGGAGGCGGCUGCAUGGAAAAAGCAAGCCAAUGAUGAAAAGAUUGGUUAUGAAUAUCCGUAUAAUCCCAACACUGAUGACUAUUCCGUACCAAACUUCCAGGGACAACGUAGUCAACCCCGUACCAAGACGGGCCCCAAGCCAAUUCCGGCACCAAAGCCCCAAGGAAUAAUUCUACCAAAACCCCUCGGAAAAGACAGAGAUUUGGAAAAGUUGCCGUCUCCUGUCCUACAUUCAAACAGUAAUAACAACAACGGGAACAUAGAGGCGUUGUAUAGUCAGGUGAUCAAACCAGGGAACAAGAGCGCCAAACCACAGUCUGCACCACCUCUGCCAGAAACCAGCCUGGUGCAGUCUGCCCCACCCCUCUCUCUGAUCCACCAAUCACAAUCUGCACCACCUCUACCGCCCAUGAACAAGCCACAAUCUGCCCCACCAAUCCUGCCCAUGAACAGGUCACAAUCUGCACCACCAAUCCCGCCCAUGAACAAGCCACAAUCUGCCCCACCAAUCAUACCCAUGAACAAGCCACAAUCUGCCCCACCAAUCAUACCCAUGAACAAGCCACAAUCUGCCCCACCAAUCAUACCCAUGAACAAGUCACAAUCUGCACCACCAAUACCGCCCAUGAACAAGCCACAAUCUGCACCACCAAUCCCGCCCAUGAACAAGCCACCAUCUGCACAGCCACCACCCCCACCAGCCAAGCCACCCUCUGCAUCGACGGAACCGGUGCCAGUGAAAUCCGUUCCAUUAACUGUACCAGAGAUGAACAAAGUUCUUCCAUUCCUGCCAUCAUCCGGCACCGGCGAGACGAUAAACCUUCAACCUUUGCCUGAGCCUCAUACCAACAAUGGAACCGAUCCAAAGAAGAACAUUUCUGUGAUUUAUGAAGAUAUGGGAUUUUUGUGAAUGUGAGACGGAUCCACGUGGAUGGUCCCUCUCAUCAGUGAACAUUGUUUCUAGAAUAUAAAGCCUUGGCUUUCCUUGCUCCAGUGACCGGGAACACACUUGCUGCUGUUCCUCGAGGCUGCAAGGACCAUCUGUAAGGAGAACGCCGAUCCCGAUGUUGGGAAAUUGGAGAUAAUGAGUCCUCGAAAUUCCAUGUUCGGAGCCAUGGGCCAGUGAAUCGUAUUUCUGCCUGUGACGAACCCACAAUCCUCAAACGUCCGUCGUCAAUGCUUCCUCUGUCCAGAACCAGCACUAGCCAAGACUCAUUAGCCCCCCCCCCAGUCACCAGCCGUACUUCAGUGUAGGGUAAAAACCAGCAGACCCCUUUAUUCUCACACAUGUUACACACAGAUAUCUCACUUCAAAACUCCUCCCCCCGCCCUUGGAAAACUGGGCGGGUUAAACUGUCCAAUGACAAUGGACACACAGGUCAGGUGGGUUCAAACUCCUCAUCAGUAAACAGUCUUAUCAGCAGGGGGGCUGCUGGAGGAAUCCCCCUCCCUCUUUCCUUACAGCAAAAACACUUACACGCCCCAUAAUAGUUGAGGCAGACACCACAAUAGACAAUAGAAUACAGUCACACCCCAAACCAUCCCAGCAAAGAGUCCAACAGCAUGAGAUAACACACAAUAUAUACAGCAUUGAGUCUGACUAGCACAGAUCAUAGUGGGGUUCUCAUUCACCCUGGGCCCCUAUUAGAGACACAGGGGGAUCUACACAUAAGAGGGUCCGGGGAAACUGGACAAGGAGCCUCCAGAACUCUCCAGGGAAAGCUGAGCCGCACAAACCCCCCACCCAAAGUGACUCCCGUCACACUGCCACUGUACCUCUCAGCACUGCCUCACUUUUCCUCAAUAGGUUUCCUGUAGAAGAAGCGUAAAUAUGCUGACCUUUCUGGGGGCCCCAUGUAGUGAGAAACGGCUGCAUUACUGCUCCCCAGUGGCUUAAAUUCUUCUCCAUGCCCUGGUAUGUAAAAGUCUUGCUUCCUUGUUGGCCGCUGUAGUUCCUCCCACUGGCUUGUAUGUCAUUAUAUAAAAUAUGAGCCGGUGGGAGAAUCAACAGCGGUAAGUGGGGGAGGGGAAAGGCAAGUCUGACUUGCCCUGCAGUUGUAUAUUUGCAACAGCUGGGGAGCGUCAUCCGUACAUCAGUACAUUUCUUUUACAGCUGAUCUUCUUGGUAUAAGUGGCUUUGUAGUGACAAGUUCACCCUGCCUUCUGUCCUAUGUGGUCAUUUCUAUCUAUGCCUCAGAAAUCAGUUCCUUUGUUCUUACUGGUCAGUUCUGUCUUCAUCUAUGAACGUUCCCCCUCUCUUCGGCAGGGCUGGUCCAGUCCUACAUGGCUGGUCCUAUCUGUAUCUCCAAAUCCGGUUCCUCUGUUCUGUGUGGCUGGUCCUAUCUGUAUCCCCGAAU